CUGAGGGCGUCGGUUGUUAUUGCGGUGGCCGCCUUCAUCCUGGAUUAGCUGUUGAGUAACGCGUGGUUGAAUUUUCUUUUGCAUAAAACAUAUAUAGGGUUCUUGACAUUGGGCGAUUUAGGGUUUGCUACUUGGCGUGCAUCCUUGUUUGGUCACUGGGGACAGAGGUUCUUAAAAUCUUGAAGGUGUCUUAACUGAUUUGAUGGGAAACAGCAAUUCUAGUCCUAGGGCUGAGGAGGGGAGAUGGAGACAAUCUUCAAUGACUGGAACCAAUUCUGCGUCUGGUUGGCAUCAUGAUCAACAUACCCAGUCAACUUAUUCCCAAUAUGCUCAGAACUACCCUGUGCAGCAUCCCUAUCCAGCACCAGGCGUUUAUCCACCUGUGGAUCAGUAUCCUGCACCUCAAAAUUAUGGAAAUCCUUCACAAUCUUAUGCUCCUCCGACCAGACCACAUGCACCACAAAAGAAGCUUGAUAGGAGGUAUUCAAGGAUUGCUGACAACUAUAAUUCGUUAGAAGAGGUGACUGAAGCUCUUGCACGUGCUGGUCUUGAGUCGUCCAACCUGAUUGUUGGAAUUGAUUUUACUAAGAGCAAUGAAUGGACAGGCAAGAGGUCAUACAAUGGUAGAAGCUUACAUCACAUUGGGAGUGGCCUAAAUCCAUACGAACAAGCAAUAUCAAUUAUUGGGAAAACCUUGGCGGCCUUUGAUGAUGAUAAUUUGAUCCCUUGUUUUGGAUUUGGAGAUGCAAGCACACAUGAUCAGGAUGUGUUCAGUUUCUAUCCUGAUGGAAAUUUUUGCAAUGGAUUUGAAGAAGUCUUGAGCCGAUACAGAGAAAUUGUUCCAAAUCUGAGACUGGCAGGUCCAACAUCAUUUGCACCAAUAAUUGAAAUGGCUACAACUAUUGUCGAGCAGAGUGGAGGCCAGUAUCAUGUUCUAUUGAUCAUUGCAGAUGGGCAGGUUACAAGAAGUGUUGAUACUGAAAAUGGCCAUUUAAGUCCUCAAGAGAGGAAAACUGUUCAAGCAAUUGUUGAGGCUAGCAAGUUCCCAUUGUCUAUUAUCUUAGUUGGAGUUGGAGACGGCCCCUGGGACACAAUGAGAGAAUUUGAUGACAACAUCCCUGCUCGUGAUUACGAUAAUUUCCAGUUUGUCAAUUUUACUGAGAUUAUGUCCAAAAACACUCAUCAAUCUCGAAAGGAAACAGAGUUCGCUCUGUCAGCAUUGAUGGAAAUUCCAUCUCAGUAUAAAGCAACAAUGGAGCUUAAUUUGUUGGGCGGAAGGAGAGGGAACGCCCCGGAACGAAUUGCCCUUCCACCUCCCAUCUAUGGUACAGGUUUUGGCUCUGGUUCAAAACCCUCACGUGCAACUACCUUUAAGCAGAGCUAUGAGUCAUUUCAUGAGCACCAUGUUCCAAAGGAUGAAGCUCCUUCUGCCCCUAGUUCCAAUUAUGAGCACCAGGUUUGCCCAAUCUGCCUUACCAACCCCAAGGAUAUGGCUUUCGGCUGUGGUCAUCAGACAUGCUGCGAAUGUGGCCAAGACCUUCAAUCGUGUCCAAUAUGCCGCAGUCCAAUAGUGACCAGAAUAAAGCUCUAUUAAGUUGCAUGCCCAAGUUUCUUUUGCGUCAUUUUCAGCUUGAAUCAAUUAUUGGAUGUGCAUAUGCCAUAGCUAGCUUGGAUUCUUUGUUCUGGUGCCUUGUAAAGAAUUUUACCUCAUUUGCAAUUGUUUGGCAUGUUUAUUCUUUUGGGAGCCCUGUAAAAAGUGCCGUUGGAACCUAAACCUGAAAUAACAUGGUAGAUGUUUUACCAUGAGCAA